AUACAAACAGGCAUAAACAGCAGACUUGUGAGGUGUUAAGUAACAAGAAAAGAAACUUACUUGUUUGUUGUAUCUUGAAGUGAACCAGAAUCUGAAAAAAAUGGAUACGAUGUCACAAUUACAGUAUCAAGAAUUAUUUGCAGGUGCCAUUGCCAACUUUUCACAGGCAUUAUGGGUGGUUUUCGCAUUUGUCUUAUGCAGCAAAAACGUUAAUGGAGGAAACAAUGGAUUAGCCCUCGAAGAUGAAGUUGUCUCAAUUUACAGCAAAAACUUCACAAAUAUUCCCAAGGACAGGGAGCCAUUUUAUUUAAAGGUUCAUCGAUGUGUACUCAACAUGAAAUACGACGGUUACAAUGUUCCAGGUCUCGAAUAUUAUCCCCAACCCACAAAAAUGAAAGAAAUUGAGAUUGUUGUGCCUGAUUUAAAAAACUACAAGAAGUUUUAUAAAUAUAUUGUCUACGAUCACAUUUCUUGUAACUGGAAGAAGUGGUUAGGCCAGCCAAUGAACUUUGAUUUACACAAGAACCUUACUUCAAACGAAAUUAACGAAACAGAAUUUAAAUCUAAGGUUAAAUACAAUCCACCAAACAUUGUUGCAAAGGAGAAAAACAGAGAGAAAAAGAGAGCGCAGAGAUCCGGAUCAAGUCUUGGAUAUCAGGCUGGAGAGAAGAAGAUGAAUGCAAAAGAGUGA